GAUGGUGGUGUAAACAGAGCGGUCCAGUGACUCAGCAGCACACGACUUGUCUCCCACACACCCAAGCCCUCUCACUCAACUUUCUGUCUUCUAGGUUUACUCAUCAGCGUUUAAGUUCACGAUGGCCGCCAACUUCAAGGUGUUAAGUGAAGACAGUCAGUUUCAGGUGGAAUUGACUCAGGCAGGCGGCAAGCUAGUUGUGACUGACUUCACAUCAGCGAGAUGUGGACCUUGUCAACGUAUUGCUCCAGUAUUCGAGGAGAUGGCACACAGAUUUCCUAAUGCAGUCUUCCUCAAAAUUGAUGUCAACCAGUGCCCCACAACCUCAGCCUCCCAAGGGGUAACAGCUGCCCCAACAUUCAUAUUCUUCAGAAACAAGACAAAGCUGGAUAGCCUGCAGGGAGCGGAUCCUGAAGGGCUGGAGGCACGAAUCCGGCAACACUAUGGUGAUGGGGAAGGGGAGGAGGCGGAAGAUUCUGGGGUGCCUGGACAUAUUGACCUGAUGCCAAUGAUCAACAAGGCAGGGUGCGAGUGCCUCAAUGAGAGUGAUGACCAUCCAUUUACCCAGGCACUCUCAUCCUCUGGUGGCUACAUGGAGUCUGACACAGAUGAGCAGCUCAUAUUAUAUCUGUCCUUUAAUCAAGCUGUCAAGUUGCACAGUAUGAGGAUCAAGGGCCCAAGUGAGAAUGGCCCCAAGACACUGAAGCUUUUUAUCAACCAGCCACACACCAUUGACUUUGACACAGCUGAGUCUGCCAAUCCUGUGCAGGAGUUGACUCUGGCUCCAAAGGACUUGGAUGGAGAGCUGAUACCACUCAAGUUUGUCAAGCUCCAGAAUGUGAUGAAUCUCACUAUAUUCUUCAAGGACAACCAGACUGGGGAAGAAACCACCCAGGUCAGCUACCUUCAGAUCAUUGGAUCUCCUGUCCAGACCACUAAGAUGUCAGACUUCAAGAGAGUCACUGGCAAAAAGGGAGAGAGUCACUGAUCACAAAUGAAACUUAACUUUAAUUUUUUUUGUUUCUUUAAUUCUGCUAAACUUGUAUCUUCAAUUACCUCAAGUUACCUACCUUGCAUUUUGUCAAGUCUCUUUUUCAUUACAGUGAAUUCUACCCUCUGUUAAUACUAAGCUACAUAGUGCAAAGUACAACAUAUUUAGGCCUACAGAAUAAGGAGCAGAUGAUUAUUACCCAUAUUUAAUUUUCUUAGGUAUAUGCUUACAUAAUUAAGCAUUGCUAAAAGUGCUAAGCAAAUAUAUAAAAUCUGAUUUUUGGCCCAGCACCUUUGUGGCCCAAGCAGCUGUGUUGUGAUAUGCUGUGUCAGGAAUCAGGAUAGCUAUUUCUCAAUGGGUGGGUCCUUCACUAGUCUCUGAGGAGUGAAGAUCCAGUAUAACUCACCGUUUCGCCUGUGGCAAAUACCUUAAUGCUGCUUCACAACCAUCUUUGCACUAGUUCUUGUCAUCAGCCAUUUUAUUUUAUUUUUAUUAUUUUUAUUUUAUUUAUUUAUUUAUUUUUUCAGUAUCAGGAGUCAAUCUUAAAUCAAGUUGGUACACAAUUACCUUAAACAAACUCAUUUGUGUGUAGAUCUGUCAAACAAUUUCAAGUUUUGGUGGUCCUGUUUUCCUCUUUGGUAGCUUGUUUAUGAUUGAAUUAAAACAGAAAGGUAAUAUUUUAUUUUUUUGGUAAGCAAAUUUACUUAUAAUGUCUCAUUGCAUACAAAAGAAUAAAACUAAACCUUG